AUGCUGUUGCUGCGGACGUCGACGCUGCGGAAGAUGAUGUAUGUGCUGGCGGUGGCGGUUGCCAUGGUCACGCUGUACUCGAUCGCCACCAGUCCCAUGGCGACUGGGCGCAACCGGCGCCAGGCACUGCUGCGGCAGGUCAUGGUCAAGGCACGGGCGGCAGUGUUUGACGUCGCCCUCACCAAGGAGUGCGGCAAGGUAGACGAAAAGGUGGAGGAGCUGGUUGCUGGCCGCAGGCAAGAGCUGAAGAAGCUUGGUGGCAAGCACAUGGUCGGUCUCUCCUUUGACGACUUUUGGCUGAGCGAGUGGCUCGACGACCUGCUGCCGGUCCUCGACUCGGCGGGCGCCAAAGCCACGUUCUUUGUCCCCACCUCUCGGAUUGCGGCAGCGUCCAAGAUCGAGCUGGACAUGCUGGACGCGCUCGUCGAGGCCGGCCACGAGAUUGGCCACCACUCGCACACCCACGGCAAUGCGGCAGAGUUUGUCAACGGCCCUGCCUACGCCUCGCUCCUCCGCGAGUACUUGCUCGGCGAACUACGACCUUCGCUCAACUUUGCCUAUCCGUAUGGCGCGACCCACGAGAUUCUCGACGCCUCGCUCCUGCCGAGCUUUGGCCUGCUCCGGACCACCGACGGCCCGCUCCUCGACGACAUGCCGUCGGCCACAGACAUUGACGCCGCCAUUCCACUGAGGGAUGCGGCUGGCGCAGUUGGUGCACUUGGCCUCGACGAACCCGUCUCGGAAGUGGUAGUCAACACGCUCUUUGCUGACCUGGCCGCUCUCGACGAGCCGCACGUUCUCCUCUUCUACGGCCACCGCACCUCGCCGCAAGCCCGCCUCCAUGUCGAGCUGAGCAAGCUCCACCGGAUUAUCGCCCACGGUCGUGCGCUCGGCCUCGAGUUUGUCACCUUUGCCGACAUCUACCUUGCUCGCAGUCUCCGCACUCGCCCGACCGUCCAAUAG